AUGAGCCUCUUGCGCAGUCGAGGUGCCAUUGCCCAUGUCCUGUCUUCCAGCAGGCCCCGGAUCCCUCGGCGCUCGCCCCCCUUCCUCCCGUGUCGGCACUUCCACGCCGGUGCCCCGCUGUGGGGGAUCAGAUCUCAGAUCUUGAAAGAUGUUGGGGAAGGUAUCACCGAGGUCCAAAUCAUCCAGUGGUAUGUCGAGGAAGGGGCGCACAUCGAGGAAUGGAAACCUCUAUGCCAGUAUCAAUCAGACAAGGCCGUGGACGAUAUUACAUCUAGGUACGAAGGCGUGAUCAAGAAACUUCAUUUUGAGACCGAUGAUACUGUCCCCACCGGGAAGGCACUUUGUGAUAUCGAAGUCGACGAUUCCAAGUAUGCCGAUGAUAAUCCGCCGCACGAGCCCAGAGCAGACACGGCGGAGUCGACACCCGCAGCAGAUGUAGUGGCCGCGAUACAAGCCGCAGAGUCUUCGCUGCCUGCAACUCUAGAACGCGAAACUUUGAUAAUAGAAAAGGAACCGUCUCGGUCGAAGCAUGCAUCUCUCGCGACUCCCGCCGUCCGCGGGCUCUUGAAGAGCCAUGACAUCAACAUCCUCGAUAUAUCCGGCACAGGCAAAGACGGCCGCGUACUGAAAGAAGACGUCCUGAACUUCGUGGCCGCAAAGGAUUCUCCUGCAGCUGCAGCACCGCCAACGGUGGUGCAGCCGGUCCCAGCCCCAGACACGCGACAAACGGAGUCCGUGGUCAAUUUGACCCCGAUCCAAUCCCAGAUGUUCAAGACCAUGACCCGGUCGGUGAACACGCCACACUUUCUGUACGCAGACGAGCUGCGCGUCGAUGAGAUCUCUGCCAUCCGCAAAAAGCUCGCCAACGACGCCCGUGACCCCAAGAAGAUCACCUUCCUGUCCUUCGUCGUGAAAGCCGUAUCCUUGGCUCUGAACGAGUAUCCCCUUCUUAACGCCCGGAUAGACUCGAGCGUCCCCGAGAAACCCAAGCUUGUCAUGCGCGCGAAGCACAAUAUCGGAAUUGCAAUGGAUACACCACAGGGCCUGAUCGUCCCGAACAUCAAAGAUGUCGCGGGUCGAUCCAUAGCCGACAUUGCCGCCGAGAUCUCGCGGCUCAGCGCACUCGGCAAGAGUGGGAAACUGACCCCCGCUGAUCUGAGUGGCGGCACCAUCACCGUCUCGAAUAUUGGUAACAUCGGCGGCACGUACGUGGCCCCGGUCAUUGUGCCGACGGAGGUGGCUAUUCUGGGUGUGGGCCGCGCACGUACCCUUCCAGUGUUUGACCCGACGGGCCAGGUUGUUGCCAGUGAGCAGGUGAAUUUCAGCUGGAGCGCGGAUCACCGGGUUGUGGAUGGUGCGACGAUGGCAAGGAUGGGCAACCGAGUGCGUGAGCUGAUUGAGGUGCCCGAACUCAUGCUGCUGAAUCUGCGGUAG